CGUACUACAGUGGCAGGCCGGCAGCAUGGUGGCGGGGUUGGUUGGCAGCCGGUGUAGGGCUGCGUGUGCAGCUGUGCACAGAGGCCCGCUCGUCUCCUGCCGGAGGUGGUCUGGCGCCUUGGCGGACACCGUGUACGAUGUGGUGGUCUCAGGCGGAGGCCUGGUGGGCGCUGCCAUGGCCUGUGCCUUGGGAUAUGACAUUCACUUUCGGGACAAAAAAAUCCUGUUGCUAGAAGCAGGUCCGAAAAAAGUACUGGAGAAAUUGUCAGAAACUUACAGCAAUAGGGUCAGCUCCAUUUCCCCUGGCUCUGCAACCCUGCUCAGCAGUUUUGGUGCCUGGGACCACAUCUGCAAAAUGAGAUACAGAGCCUUCCGGCGGAUGCAGGUGUGGGAUGCCUGCUCAGAGGCCUUGAUAAUGUUUGAUAAGGACCAUUUAGAUGACAUGGGCUAUAUAGUGGAGAAUGAUGUCAUCAUGCACGCGCUCACCAAGCAGCUGGAAGCUGUGGCUGACCGAGUGACAGUCCUCUACAGGAGCAGAGCUGUUGGCUACACCUGGCCUUGUCCAUUUCGCAUGGGCGACACCAGCCCUUGGGUUCAUAUUACCCUAGGUGAUGGCAGCACCCUCCAGACCAAAUUGUUGAUUGGUGCAGAUGGUCACAACUCGGGGGUGCGGCAGGCUGCAGGAAUCCAGAACGUCAGCUGGAACUACGACCAGUCUGCUGUUGUGGCUACUCUGCAUUUAUCUGAGGCCACAGAAAACAAUGUAGCUUGGCAGAGAUUUCUUCCCUCUGGGCCAAUUGCUUUGCUUCCGCUCUCAGACACCCUGAGUUCCUUGGUUUGGUCCACAUCCCAUGAACACACAGCAGAGCUGGUCAGCAUGGGUGAGGAAGAGUUCGUGGAUGCCAUUAACUCUGCCUUUUGGAGUGACGUUAACCACACAGACUUCAUUGACUCAGCUGGCACCAUGUUGCGAUAUGCUGUUGCCCUUCUGAAGCCCACCAAGAUCUCAGCUCGCCAGCUGCCUCCAAGUGUAGCCAGCGUGGAUGCCAAAAGCCGAAUGCUGUUUCCUCUGGGGUUAGGACAUGCUGCCGAGUACGUCCGGCCUCGGGUGGCACUCAUUGGGGAUGCAGCCCACAGAGUACAUCCACUUGCUGGACAAGGUGUCAACAUGGGCUUUGGGGAUGUCUCCAGCUUGGCCCAUCACCUCAGUACUGCAGCCUUCAAUGGGAAAGACUUAGGCUCCAUGAGCCACCUCACAGGUUAUGAAACAGAUAGACAACGUCACAACACUGUUCUCCUGGCUGCCACGGACUUCCUGAAAAGGCUCUAUUCCACCAGUGCUACUCCACUCGUUCUGCUUAGGACUUGGGGCUUGCAGGCCACAAAUGCAGUCUCUCCACUCAAAGAACAGAUUAUGGCCUUUGCAAGCAAAUGAGUGCUCUUCUUUGGAGAAUAUGUUGAUGAAAAAAGAACAUCCUACCCCAGGACCAUCACCAAUCAUUUUCGAGAUUUAAUUUAAUAAAUUUAUAUUAGACUUGGUUUUUUUUUUUAUCCUCUACUCAAUGGGCCUGAUAAUAUGCUCUGAGGAGGGUAUAUUAGCCAUGCUAAGGGGCAAAAAAAAAACAAAAAAAACAAAACAGAAGACAACUAAUACAAUUUGGUUGAAAGGAGCUUUUUAUUAUUAAAACAACAAUCACUGAGGUACCAUCUCACUCAUUUUUCACUUGUUAACAAUCCUUUCUAAAGACAACAUAUAGUUAUUAUUUUCUUAAUGCAUGUCAUAAAUUGUAGAAUUUUUUGGUAGAGGUUACAAUUAAAAAUACGUUGAUACAGCUUUGUUAGAAUUGUUGUUUUAAAAUUUAUAACAUUAAAGUGCAAAUUAAAUUAACCUUUGUAAUAGGUGCACUGGACUUCCUGAAAAGAAAAUAAGAUCUUUUUAAUGCUAGUUAUUACUUCCUCAUUACAGCACCAGAUUUUAAUAUUAUUUAUGGUUCUUCUCUAGGAUACCACUGUCCAGUAAUGAAACAAUAAAUAAUUUCAUUGCACAGGUUUGAAGACCUCAGGAACCAGCUAAAAGACUAAGUAGCAGCAGAACUUGUUCCUGGUUGGUGGCAGGCUGCUGGCGUUGUCUGGAGCAGAAGGCAGCAAUGUUUUGCUGUGGGUUUUUGACUUACUUCACAGUACCAGAGAUGCCUCUUGAAGAGAUGUUUAAGUCUUUUAGAUUUGCAUACUGUUAAAGAACAUCUCACCUAGAAGUCUCAUUUGAAGAUGAAACAGUACUUUUGAACCAAACGAAGCUAUUCUUGAGAAUAAUUUUAAAGGCAUGAUAAAUCUGUUAUUACAGGGGAGUUUUUCAGGUAAAUGUGGGAAAUUUAUAAGAUAUUAGAAUAAAAAAGUGACAAUAUCACAAACCUUCCUGGAAUCUCAGGAAAAAUGCCCAGAAUCAAAGAUGGCAGCUACUGUGAAAGACUACUGGCAGAGACUACAGGGACUAAGUCAUCUUUCAUAAAAAAUGAGAAGGCAGCCCAGGUAAGGAGAUCAUGGGCUCUCAAAGUAUGCAAACAAAAUCAGGCAAGACUGGAUGAAUUU